UUGUUGACGGAUUCUGUGCUGCCCCUUGUGACUAUAGUUACGGCGAUUUAAAUCUGAAAUAUUUAUGAAAGCAAGUGCAGCCAAGUCUCUGUUGAUAUCAAAUCGAUUGGCGAUCAUCGAUGCAUGUGAAAGAGCGUUGCGCACGGCAACAGCUUGUUUAUUUCGUUUCGUGUUGCCAAAAAAAAAUGACAGACUGACUGGGCAAUAAAACGACGUAACUGAGCCAACAGCCUGCGCCAGUUAGGUCAUCGCCCACCACGGGAUCAAGGGCCGUGCGCUGGCGUCGACAGUGCUAAUAAUUUGCUGACACCACAACCAAUUUUGUCAUGAAAUGGUAAGCUCUCAAUCAGUCAACUUCCUGUUGCGGUGUACGUUGGCGGACUUGAUUUUAUUCUUUGACUCGAUUUUAAAAAUGUCAAACAAAUGUUUGUGAUUUUCUGUUUCAAUUUUUGCGCAUUCAGUGCACGGUAGUGUGAAAGUGACAAUCACUAAUAGGACAGGAAAGCAAAUGCUGAUCCCAUGACGUCAUUUUAAAACAGGCCUGUUCUACUAUACUCGUGUGUGCAACUCUUCUCUAGUCGGAUAUACGAACCCCACAGUCUGUCGAUCUUAUCUUCCAGUCCAGUGACCGUCUGCCAAGCCAUGGCGUUUAUUCGUUGUUAGUUAUUUUCCAUUUCAUCAGUUGUGUUGCACAGCAGACAGAAGAGAGAGAAAGUCUUUGUCGCUGGGCUGACGCGCGACGCAUUAACGACCCCAAAGUUCAAUCCGGGCCACUUUCGAAAUGGUUUUCUCGGAUUCGCCCGAUUCUGACGAUUCAUUUGACGAUGUCGACCUCGCUUGCGAAAUCCCUCCCGAUUUGGAAGAAGGGUGCAGAGGCCUCGAUCUGGGCACGUUGCAUCAGACUCUGCCGGAAGCAUUGUGGGACAGGCACGAACGCCGAGCUCCCGCUUCCAAAUACAAGCCCUCCAGAGACAUGGGCAGGUACAAGGCAUCUUUAAAAAAUUGGAUGCCCGUUAGAAAGAGUAACAAAAAUCGGGAUCAGAUGCCAUUGGACCAGGCUGGAUUCUUUUCCUAUUUGACAUUCAGCUGGGUUGGACCCUACAUGACAAAGGCUUACAGAUAUGGGCUUCAACCCGAAGAUGUCCCCUUAUGUUCAACUAGAGACGGGUGCGAUCACUGCGCCCAAAGGGUGGAAUUCAUGUGGAACGAGGAAGUCUUGCGCAACGGCAUUCAAAAGGCUUCACUUAGACGAGUUGCUUGGAGGUUUACUCGAACCAGAAUUUUAACGGGCAUCUUCUUGUAUUUUCUCUCCCUAGUCUUUGGAUUUCUAGGGCCCGUUUAUCUUAUGACGCAAUUACUGCGAUUUUGUCAAGACGAAGAAGCGCCUUGGUGGCACGGCGCAUUUUGGGCCGUUGGAAUGGCCGUCUCUGAAAUGAUACGCAUUCUUCUUUUUGGAGCGUCGUGGGGCGUGUCUUACAGAACGGGCAUCCGGUUGAGAUCGGCCGUCACGACGAUGCUCUUCAAAAAAGUGAUGCGCCUUUCUAGUCUGGGAGAUAAAUCCAUCGGCGAAGUGAUCAACUUGUUCGCAAACGACAGUCAGCGAAUUUACGAUGUCUGCAGUCUAGGCCCGUUACUUUUCGGCGGUCCGUUUGUCGCUUUCAUUGCGACUUUUUACGUCGUUUACUUGCUCGGCCCUCACGCUCUGAUCGGAAUGCUCGUGUUUCUUCUUUACUACCCCGUUCAAUAUGGCGUUUCCUUAUUAACUGGAUACUGCCGGCGACGAACGAUUGUCAUCACCGACAAGCGCGUCACCUUGAUGAAAGAGCUUCUCACCUGCGUCAAGCUGAUCAAAAUGUACGCUUGGGAGAAACCUUUUUCGAAAACAAUUACAGAUAUCCGGAAGAGUGAACGCUUCUUACUGGAAAUGACGGCCUACGUCCAGUCAAUCAGCGUUGCUCUCACGCCCGUUGUUCCCGUUCUUUCCGUCAUCGUGACUUUCCUGGUCCACAUAUCUCUAGGAUACGAGCUGUCGCCAGCCGAGGCUUUCGCCGUUGUGGCCGUUAUGAUUGCCCGAGUUCGCCCUUCUUUGAACGGAGCUCGUGAAGCUUUAAAGACCUGGGACGAAGCCAGCGUCGUUUGGCCCCGCUUUGAGAGGGUUUUAGGGCUGGAGGAAAUGAAAUCAAGUCUUCAAAAGCCGCUGGAUCGGAGUGUGGCAGUGGCCAUCUCCGAGGCCACUUUCGCUUGGCACUUUGCACCGCCGUCCAAAGAGACGAAAAAGCAGAAACGAAAACGGAAAACCCAGAAAGCCGGCGGACUUGAAACCUUACCUCUUCCGCUUCAGUUUCCACCACCGCCCAUUCUGAUUGACAUCGAUCUAAUCAUCCCCAAAGGGCAUCUGGUGGCUGUCUGCGGAGCGGUGGGAGCGGGUAAAUCUUCCCUACUGUCGGCCAUUCUCGGUCACAUGAAAACCAGCCGGGGUCGGGUGUCGGUCGACGGCUCGUUCGCUUACGUCUCGCAACAGGCGUGGAUCAUGAACAGCAGCCUCCGAGAUAACAUUCUAUUCGGAGAAGCUUUCGAUCCUAAAAGGUAUUACGACGUGAUUUCAGCGUGCGCUCUCAGUCAAGAUUUGGACGUGCUACCUGCAGGCGAUGAUACCGAAAUCGGCGAGAGGGGAAUCAAUCUGUCUGGCGGACAAAGACAACGAGUUUCCAUGGCGAGAGCACUCUAUGCUGACAGGGACAUUUAUCUUCUGGAUGAUCCGCUCAGUGCAGUGGACGGGCAUGUCGGUAAACACAUAUUCGAGCAAUGCAUCCGAGGAGCGCUAAAAGGAAAGACGGUAGUAUUUGUGACUCAUCAGCUUCAGUAUUUAAGUCAAUGUGACGAAGUCAUCUUUAUGGAUGACGGCCGUGUCUUGGAUCAAGGCCGGCAUGUGGAUUUGAUGAGCCGCAGUGGACCUUACUCGACACUCAUUCACACAUUUUUAAGUCAAGAGGAGAACCAGCAAACUAAAGAAGAAGGAAGUGAGAUUUCUCGUUCAGUCAGCGGAGGGUCUAACGGAGUGUCUCCUGUUCAAUCGCUGCCUACUUCGCCUGCAAAGGGAUUAAAUCUGCCGAAUCCUUCGACUGGGACUAACGAAUCCACGCAAUCCAGAAAAGCCGCCAAGGAGAUCAUAAUUCCGGAUUUACAAGUUCCUGUCGCAGUAAGUGGCCGUCUGACGGAAGCCGAGAAAAUGGAAAAAGGAUCGAUCCCGUGGAGCACAUUCCACCUCUACAUCAAGUCUGCUGGCGGCUAUAUCAUUUCGUGUUUGGUCCUUUUAACUUUCAUCCUCAACAUCUUCAGCACCGCCUUCAGCUCAUGGUGGCUUGCACACUGGCUCAACAACGGUGUAACGAAUGCGACAAGAAUGGUGGGGAACGAAACAGAAUAUUACAUGAGCGUUACGACUCAUCCGGAUGUUCAGUUCUACCAAUCGAUUUACGGAGCCUUCAUUUUGGUCAUCUUGCUCACCAGUUUACUGAGAAGCUUUUCCUUCAUGAAGACAUGUCUUCGAGCAUCGAGCGCAAUUCACGACAAAUUAUUUGUCAAAAUCUUUUGCUGUCCGAUGCGUUUCUUCGACUCGACGCCCGUCGGAAGAAUCAUCAACAUCUUUUCGCGCGAUUUAGACGAAAUCGAUAGCCGCAUUCCGUCAUCCACCGACACAUUGAUUCAGAACAUUCUGAUUGUCAUCAUGUCCAUCGUCUUUGUCGUGAUGGCCGUUCCUUGGUUCCUAGUCGCUCUGGUCGCUUUGACUCUCAUCUUCGCCAUGUACAGCCGAGUGUUCCGUCGUGGACUGCGCGAUCUGACGCGACUGGAACACGUUUCCCGGUCCCCAAUCUACAGUCACGUCGAUGCCAGUAUUAACGGACUGAGUACGGUUCACGCUUUCGGAAAACAACGCCAUUUUGUCUCCAAGUACGUCAUCCUGCAGGACGAAAACUCUUCGGCUUAUUUCCUUUUAAGUUGCAGUCACCGCUGGCUGUCUGUCCGGCUUGAUUUUAUUACAGUCUGCGGAAUGGGAAUAACGGCAGGAUUGAUAGUUGGACUACGAGGAACUAUUCCGGCAGCUUCAGCCGGAUUGGCUUUGGCCUACGCCAGCCAGCUGUCAGGAAUCAUGCAGUACGUCGUCCGAUUAGCUUGCGAAACGGAAUCGCGCUUCACUUCCGUCCAGCGAAUGCAGACUUAUCUCUUGACUUUGGAAAGCGAAGAUCCCGCAAUUGUGAAAGAUCGACGACCGCCAGAGGAUUGGCCGGUUAAAGGAGCUAUUAAGUUUUCCAACGUCAAAAUGCGCUACAGACAUAAUUUGCCGCUCGUCUUGGAUGGCGUUUCGUUCGAUAUUGAACCACAAGCUAAAAUUGGUAUCGUCGGGAGAACAGGUUCGGGAAAAUCGUCUCUAGGCGUCGCCCUGUUUAGGCUGGUGGAUUUGACGUCAGGUCUGAUCAAAAUUGACGGAAUUAACAUUUCAGAAAUCGGAUUGGAAGAUCUUCGCUCGAAACUGUCCAUCAUCCCUCAGGAUCCGGUUCUGUUCAUCGGUACAAUUAGGUAUAAUUUGGAUCCCUUUCAAAAGUACACUGACGAGGCCAUUUGGGAAGCUGUGGAGCAAACGAAUAUGAAAGAUAAGAUUAAAGCGCUGCCCCAAAAGCUGGACAGCGCAGUCACUGAAAACGGCGAAAAUUUCUCGGUGGGCGAACGACAGUUGCUGUGUAUGGCCAGAGCUCUUUUGCGCCACAGUAAGAUUCUACUUUUAGAUGAAGCCACAGCGGCCAUUGAUACGCAGACGGACUUCCUUGUGCAGAAAACAUUGCGCGAGGCUUUCAAAAAUUGUACAAUUCUAACGAUUGCCCAUCGUCUCAACACGGUCAUUCAAUGUGACAAAAUUCUUGUACUUGACGACGGAAAAGUGAUUGAAUUUGACAAACCGUCGGUACUGAUGGCCAAAACAGAUUCUAUUUUUGCUGGGAUGAUGUCCGUUGCCGAAGUCUCUGACGACUGUCUCUUAGAACUUUAAGAAAAUGAACUUAAUUGUUUCCUUUAAAUG